CCAAGUAUAUAAACGUAUCCACUCCGCUACAGUAGAUCCAUCUUGACCUUUUGAAUUCUACCCCUCCAUAUCAUAUUUACUUAGUUAUAUAAACACAAUCCCCCCGCCAAAACCCCUCAACCCUUCGACACCAAACAAAACACACUUACAGACCAACACCUAUACCACCAAAACCACACCACACCUUUCAAAAUGGCUGCCCCCUCCUCCGCUGUUGUCGAGAUCAAGUCCAAGGCUCAAUUCGACGAGCUCGUCAAGACUACUCCCUACGUCGCUCUCCAAGCCCACGCCUCAUGGUGCGGUCCCUGCAAGGCCAUCUCCCCUAUCUUCAACAAGCAGGCCGCCGAGCACAAGUCCGACAAGUACGCCUUCGCCAAGUUCGACACCGACGACGUCCCCGAUCUCGCCUUUGAGCUCGGCAUCCGCUCCAUCCCCGCCUUCUUCUUCUUCGAGAACGGCGACAAGGCCAGCGAUCUGCUCGGCGCUGUCCCCCCCAAGCUGACUGCCGCUGUCAAGACCUACGCCGACAAGGCUACCGGCGGUGCUGCCGAGAAGCCCGCCGAGGAGAACACCCUCAAGACCGAUGAGAACUUCUAGAUGGAAAGCCUCGGGCGAAAAAUAAAAACACUACAGAGCAAAUGGCGUUAAGAACGCAGAUUCGCAAGGAUACCCCCCCUAUAAACAAGGCGCACAUCACGGGCGCCAUUCACCAAGGCGAAAACCAUCAUGAGCUAGGAUUGCGGCAUAUGGCUAUGCGAAAGCGCAAGGCUUUGAGGAGGAUGGGUUGCAUUGCUUAGCUAGAAAUACACCUGAUCACUUCAA